ACUCAAAACUCGUGUUUUUGAUUAUCAGCAAAGUACAAAAAAAAUCUAUGAGUUUGCUCCGGUUUGCUCCACCGAAUAUUUCUUCUACACCCCGAGAUAAAAUUCUACGUUCCCCACACCUGACACCGAUUAAUAAAAUAAAUCUACUGAAAGAAAAAAAAAAUUUGGUAAUAAUAUAUAUUUAGUAAGUAUUGACAAAUGUGACAGAUUGUAGUACUACGUUUGAUAAUACUUACUAAAUACUUAGAACGAUAAAAUUGUUAAUCCAAUAUUUAAUUGGCAUUAUUUCAUUUGACAUUUGGUAGCUAUUAUCAAAAUUUUGUUCAGUGUACAAAGUGUCAAUUCUUGAUCGGUGCUAUAUUCGUAUAAGCCGACUUAAAUAAAUAGUAGCGGUCGAUUAAAUAUGAAUAACGCGAAAACACGCUGCGCGGAUUCCAUGUCAGUCGAAAUUGGACGAGAUAUGAGGAAGACCAUAAAAUAAAUAAGACACCACCGCUCGAUACCGCGCGCGCGCGCGCUCGUAGCGUUUCGUCGGAGGAAUGUUGGGAAAAAAAUACGGAGAAAGAGAGAGAAGUCGCUCCUUGUGGGAAACCGUUUCACAACGUGAAAUGCGACAGGUACGAGAAACCCGCUUUCGCUGUCGACAUUCGGGAGGAGAAACGAAAGGAAGACUAGAGCAGUGGCUCUGAAUGCGCGAGAUACCGAGGACGCGCGACAAAGCACAUCGUCGUCGUCGUCGUCGUCGUCGUCGCCCUCGUUGUCACCGCUGUCGCUAUCAUCAUUGCAGUCGUGUCGUUUCGUUUACAGCCUAUUUUCCCUUUCAAAGUGCUCCCGUACGCGACCAAUCUGCGACUGAGAUCGGGUCAAAAUAGACCGGAGCGUACACGCGUCGUCCGAAGGUGACGCCAAGAGAUAAACCUUUACCUUUUCACGAAACGAUUUAACAUACAGCGAAGAAGUGUACUAUGACGACCACCUACACGAUCGAAGAAGUUGCUCGUCACAAUAACGCCAAGGAUCUGUGGAUCGUGGUACACGAUGGGGUCUACGAUAUCACGAAGUUUCGUAAGGAACACCCUGGCGGCGAGGACGUGCUGAUGGAAGUAGCGGGGCAAGAUGCGACGAAUCGUUUCGAAGACAAUGGCCACAGUUUCGAGGCAGUUAACUUGCGCGAGAGUUUCAAAAUUGGACAACUGGCAGGAAGUGUUGUAGGCUUGGAUAAAUCGUCAAAGACGACAAAGACAGAAGUAAAAGAACCAAUGGAGAAAGAUGAGCAGAAUCAAGAAUCGAAGACAGAAACGUCCUGGAAUUUGAUGAUGUUCAUAUUUAUCGCUGUCCCAAUUUAUGCCAUAAUUUUUUAUUGGUUCAGUACAGUAUAAAACGAUGGUAAUAUAAGACGAUUUGUACGCGUGAUAUGUGUUAACUUAAUAAAAAUUAAAAAUUAGCAAGAUAAAAUAUUAUAAUUUCACUCAGAGCUAUUAAGUUUAUUCUUUUUUCUCGCAAAUCUCUUGAAUAAUUUAUUAGCUGCGGCGGUACAAAACUAUUAUUGGGCAAUUGUAAUUCAUUACCUGCGGCAACGUAAACCUGUUGGACAAACGUUUUAUCAAAUAUAAAAUUACAUAAAAAUGUAUUACAUAAAGAAAUAUAAAUAUAAAUUAGUUUUUUUUUUAUUUGACUCUCUUUAACUAAAUUCUAACAAUUUCUCUGAAUAAAUUUCUAAAAUAAAUUAGUCCUCAUCGCUUACAUAUACGAAUAUAUAGCGUUGUACUUGUUAUAUCCGUAUAUGUAAUAAUGUUAUGCGUGAUAACGCAACCUGUAAUGAGGCACAUUACAAAGCAAACUUUCAAAAGGAAUAACACACAGAAACAUAGAUUAAUAGCUUCUCUUAUUACGAUAAUUAAUUUUCAUAUGCGUUGUGUGCGCAGUAUAUAUAUAUAUAUAUAUAUAUAGUUUUUAAAUAAGAAUAAUUUAAGAUUUUACUCUCUAUCUUUCCGAAACUUUAACUUCCAUAAAAGGAUUAUAUAACAACUAUCAAUUACUAUGACCAUUAAUAUAUGUAUAACUAGAAAAAGUAUAUGUUACAUAUCUGUAUUUUUGUGCGUAUAUGUUACAUCUAGUUUACUAUUAAUGAUUAUGAAUAUAAACGUAUUAAAAAAGAUGAAAAUACGCUCAUAAAUAUGCAAUAUAUAGUUUUUUUUAUGCGUAUAAUAUAAACAUGCGUCCAAUGUAUGCAUUUACAAAAAUGCGAUCGAUCAGCUCGACUGUCACGUUUAUCUUUCUGCGAUUUGCGCGGCGUCACCAUGACUAGACGCUUUUGCAUAUGAAUCGGACAACAUGCUCGCCGCACAGUACGUGAGGUCACAAACAGAAAUAGUACCUAGAAUCUUAUACCAAAACGUCAGGGCAAUCGCUAUUAUUCUUGUUGCGUGUCUUCGAGUUAUAACAGAACUUUCAAAAGAUCUUGUGCCGCAAUUGAAUUACCAUCAAUGUGAUAAAAAGUGAGAGUAAAAAAUGUAAUAUAUAUCGCGCGUAUGUUUAUUAAUCGACGUACUGACUGUAUACUAGGUUCAAUUGGAUGCCAAAAAUAGAAUUUUAUUUUAUUCACUAUUUUUAUCUGUCUAAAAUGCCGUCAAUAAAAUUUUUUCCGAUAAAUGGAAAAUGUUUGUCGGCAUUUCUUGUGGUUCGAGUACGCGAGAUAAAAUGAGACUACUCCUAUUGACACUAUGAAAAGUACAUCUAUUGACGUUUUCAGAUAUUCUGUAUACUGUAUGUUACGACUAAACUCGAAUUGGUAGAAUUGUUUUAUCAGUUCCGCGAUCUUCUCUAUCGUACAAAAGUUUCAAAAGUGGACAGUCGCACUAUGGCUAAGUCGUUUUGUGAUUGUCCGACUGACUGCCAUUUCGUACAAACUUUUCAGAGCUAUUUUUACAAACGAAAACCUUGGCGAGCUUUCUCGUAAAAAAAAAAAAAAAAUAAAAA